ACACGAUAGCCCAAAGCGAGGGAUGAGAGUGGCGGUAUAGCUACCGGGUACUAGACCUAGAGCUACAUCAUGAGUAGCUCUCACCAUCACUUAGCACAGCAGGACGUUAGGCAUUGAACAUAUUUAUUGUCACUACGAUCUUGUUUAUUCGAAUCAAACGUCUUUGGUGAUACCGAGCUCUUUAUGGAUACAUAAUGGUUAUACGAAUAACGUAACACUGAUCUAUUAUAUAAUGCUAAAAAGUACGGUGAAACUAUUAUUGUAAACAACUAACUUCAAAGAUGCCCGUGUGAUUCUUUAUUGGAAGAGUAGUAGAUCAAUAGUCCGAGGGAUAUUUGUAAUUAAACUCCGUCUUAGACAAUCUAUCAAUGGCUAAACAUCACAUCAUUUUUGUUGGCUAUAUACUUGCUUUAGGUCAAUUUUCAGAGAACACAACUCUGCAAGAAAAUGUAAAUCUAAUGACACGUACUUUAAUGAGAAGAGACGUAGAGACACCUUAUGAAGAUCUCGCAGAGAAUGGUGAAGAAGGAUCAAGUCAUGAUGUUGUAAAUGUCUUGUCGUUCUCCGCCACGUCCAGCUCAUCGAACUCAUCCAACACGUCGUUGAUAGUCCCUCCUGGGGACAAUGUGACAAUGACCUGUGAAGUGGACAACACUGAAAGAGAGAUUACGUUCUCUUUACCACGGAGAAUUCCUGACUACACGAUGGAACCAGACUAUCCUAAAGCUUACAUACAUAUCAAUAACGUGUCAUGUAUUCAUACAGAUUGCUAUGGCUGUAUGGAUUAUCCAACUGAAAUAGCAAUCAAAGUGCCAUGUGAACCGUUUUUCAUUGACUUACAGCCGCCAGAUUUUGAAGAGGACGUUUUCAAAGUACUUUUUUAUGUGGUAUCCUAUCCUGAAAUAACUUCAUUACAACUUUGGUCUGGUGAUAGCUCAAUACCCAAGGAUUCCAUACUAGACUAUGAGGGUAUGGGUAGGCGUAUUGAGUAUACACAACUAGAUUGCAGCCUCAAUUAUUGUGUGAAUUUCACUCUGAAACACAAUUCUAUUUCAACAACAGAAGACAUCACAGUCCGCAUAUCUAACAGUGUGGGUGAUCUUAAUAUUAUAAUACCUAAAAGACAAGUCAGAUGUCCUGAAAUUGAAGAAGAUGGAAUCGUCUUUGAGAAGACCUUCCCUGGAAGUAGAUUUGAGACAUCAUGUCCAGAAGAAUACAUAGGCACUGUUAGUAGACGCUGUGAUAAUGAAGGCGCUUGGGAAGCUCCAAGUUUUACCAACUGCACUAGACCUGUCUUCCAAGAUGUGAUCAAUAAGCUAACUAGCUCCGUGACGUCAGAUACUCUCGCGGAUGUAGCUCAAAAUGUGGCCGAAGUUUUCCAAGUGGAGUAUCAGACCAUCGUAUCAGGGGACAUCAAAAAUGUGGCGGAGAUAUUUUCUCAGAUUGGCAACUCUGCGAAACAAUUCAAUCUUACAGUCAGCAAAGAAACUAUGGAGACGCUGACCAAAACUGUGGACAAAUUGUUAGCAGCUGAUGAUUCGGUCUGGAUGGAAGUGUCCAGGGAUAAUGUUUCCGCUGACCCAGGAGCUCAACUGCUGCUGUCCAUGGAAGAGAUAACACAGACUAUUUUUAAAUCUGAAACCUUUACUGAGGUUACUGUUAAAACAGAAAACAUCGAGUUGGAGAUCAAACAGGAAACCACCAAUCAAAUUAGAUAUCCUGACCCUAAGAGCACAGAGCGAGGAAAUGAAAUUCAAUUUUCACAAACCAAAGAGGAAACAUUCAAAUACUCUAUUAUCGUCUAUAAAAAUGUCUCUGAGAAAUUUACAGUUCAAAAGUUUACUGAUAACAAAGAAAACAGAGCCAAGGUUCCAGAAGCAACAACAGAAGUGUUGAGCUCGGAUGUAAUCUCUUUCUCUUUAGAUCCAAAGCCAAGCACUUUGAACAACAAACCUUUGGAACUAACUUUUACAACGCAGAACAAAACAGCCCUCAAACAGAUCUGUUCCUAUUUAGUUCGUUCCUCUAAGGAAAGUACCUGGGCCACAGACGGAUGCGAGACAAGACUGGUUCAGGACAAAGUUAUAUGUUCGUGUCAGCAUCUGACGAAUUUCGCUGUCUUGAUGUCACGUUAUGAGGCAGAUGAAACGCAAUGGAGUGUGUUAAGCUUCAUUUCAGCCAUAGGGAUUUCUAUAUCACUUGUAAGUUUGUCUGUAACCAUAGCAGUCUACGGCCUUAUGUGGAGAUAUGUCAAGAGUGAUCGUAGUGUGUUGAACAUCCAUCUCUGUGUGGUUUUGUUGAUUGGUUAUAUUGUCUUCAUCAUAGGGAUCAGCAAGACAGAGAACCCUACCACAUGUGCUCUCAUAGCUGGAUUACUUCAUUUCUCAUUUCUGACCGUCUUCUUCGUCAUGUUGGCUCAAGGGAUAUUGAUCCUCAAAACAGUGACGUCUGUUUCUUCAACCUCUAUAGUCAAAUUUCUCUACCCCUUGAUGUACGGUGGACCGUCUAUUGUUGUGGUGGUAUCUGUGGCUGUUACACAAGGAGCUGGAUAUGGCACACACAAGAUAUGCUGGUUUGAUCCUAAGAGUGAUCUCCUGUGGGCAUUUGUUGGGCCAGCUUUUUUGGUUGUUUUGGUCAAUGUAGUUAUAUUAAUUGCUGUGUUACGUAUCAUGCAAACAUCCCAUGCUUUGAUGGACAAGGAUGUGACAAAGAAAACAAAAUCACUCUUGAGAUCUGUGUGUGUUCUGACUCCGAUUCUUGGCCUGACUUGGACGUUUGGAGUCCUAUCUAUCAGUAUUGACAAUAUCGUAUUCCAGUAUUUAUUUGCUGUCAGUAAUUCUCUGCAAGGUGUGCUUAUCUUCAUAUUUCAAUGUUUACUUCAGUACCAAGUGCGUAAUGGACUACGAGCAAUAAUAAGAAGAUAUCGUGCUUCGUCCAGUGUGUCCAGUUCUAGAGUGGUCAGUUCUAGUCAGGAGAGAAGUUCCUCUGAGUCUCACGUAAGGAGAAAGAAACGAUCAAUGGGAGGUGAUGCUCUACUGAAAUCUGAGUCUGAACACUUAGAACAAACAAAAAUGUAGAUCUAAUGAACAUCCUGCGACUACACUAAACUACCACAUUCAUGUUCUGAGAUCAUGUUCUGAGAACCUUCUAAACUACCACAUUCAUGUACUGAGAUCAUGUUCUGAGAACCUUCUAAACUACCACAUUCAUGUACUGAGAUCAUGUUCUGAGAACCUUCUAAACUACCACAUUCAUGUUCUGAGAACCUUCUAAACUACCACAUUCAUGUUCUGAGAUACUUCUAAACUACCACAUUCAUGUUCUGACAUACUUCUAAACUACCACAUUCAUGUUCUGAGAUCAUGUUCUGAGAUACUUCUAAACUACCACAUUCAUGUUCUGAGAUACUUCUAAACUACCACAUUCAUGUUCUGAGAUACUUCUAAACUACCACAUUCAUGUUCUGACAUACUUCUAAACUACCACAUUCAUGUUCUGAGAUAUUUCUAAACUACCACAUUCAUGUUCUGAGAUACUUCUAAACUACCACAUUCAUGUUCUGAGAUACUUCUAAACUACCACAUUCAUGUUCUGAGAUACUUCUAAACUACCACAUUCAUGUUUUGAGAUACUUCUAAACUACCACAUUCAUGUUCAAAUGACUGAAGGAUUACAUUGAGUACAAUGUCAUUAAAGUGAUUUUUUGUAUGAAUUGUUUAUGAUGGAUAGCAGAAUACCUUCCUGAAAUAAAGUGUGUUUCACAUGGUAAA